AAGGUAGUCGGCAUUAGUCAAAAGGCUGCAAUACUAAAUCAAAAAUGUCAAUGGUGCCGAAGAAUGACGAGACGAACUUGGAAGCAAACUCAGCAACAAAGAAGAAAAGGGGAAUAAAUAUACAAGGCUAUCAAAUUGAGGGUUUAUCAAUUGCUGGUCAAGAAACAUGCAUAAUCGUCCCUUCUCUCAACCUCGCUUUCGAUAUCGGAAGGUGCCCUCAACGCGCCAUUUCUCAAGACUUCCUUUUUAUCUCCCAUGGUCAUAUGGACCACAUUGGAGGAUUACCGAUGUAUGUUGCGACUCGUGGAUUGUUCUCUAUGAAACCUCCUACGAUUUUUGUGCCUAAAGCUAUAAAAGAGGAUGUGGAAAGGCUUUUUGAUGUACACAGAGCAAUGGACCAAUCUGAGCUGAAGAAUAAUUUAGUUGGUCUAGACGUGGGAGAAGAAUUCUAUAUUAGGAGGGAUCUCAAAGUAAAAGCAUUUAAGACAUAUCAUGUCAUUCCCAGUCAGGGAUAUGUAAUUUAUUCCGUUAAGCACAAGCUUAAGCAGGAUUACAUUGGUCUUCCUGGACAUGAGAUCAAGGCUUUGAAGGAUAAAGGUGUGGAGAUUACCACAGCAACUACGUCACCUGAGAUAGCAUUUACUGGAGACACAACAGCUGACUUCAUUGUUGAUCCAGCUAAUGUUGAUGUGCUGAGGGCAAAGAUUCUUGUGAUGGAGUGCACCUUCUUAGACAAAGCAGUUGACGUGGUGCAUGCAAGAGAUUAUGGACAUACACAUCUGGAUGAGGUUGUAAAGUAUGCUGAAAAGUUUCUGAAUAAGGCAAUUCUUCUGAUCCACUUUUCUGCUAGAUACUAUGUAGAGGAAAUUGAAGAUGCCAUUUCGAGAUUGCCAUCAGCUUUUUCCGGCCGGAUCUUUGCACUCACUGAAGGGAUUUAAUGAUUGGUGUUAUAAUGAGCGCUUUGAAACACAUCUAUCUCCUGUACAGAAGUUGAGUUGUUUUUGUGCACGAUUAUAGAACUGGUUCUUUUCUCUUCUUUUCUCCCCCUUUGCCCUCAUUACUUCAUUAGAAAUACAAGCAUUUUUCCAUAUCACAUGUACUAGUGUACUACCACCCUAGUAGCUACAAAAUAUGAAGAUGUUUAUUACUGAAUUAAGUUUUACAGUGAACCAUGAAUUCAAUUUUGACAUCACAUUAUAGUUGAUUUUUCACCCUAGUACUGUAUAAACUUAGUAAAGUGUAACUAUUAGCUUGGUGUAAAUCUAGUUUUGAAUGGAAUGAAAUUAAUCUCAGAAAGCUAAUGUAU